AUGUCGUGUUUCUUUACUGGAAUAACCGUAGAUUCCUCGUAUGAUGGAGAUGUGGUUCCAAAAACAGCAGAAAAUUUCCGUGUCCUCUGUACAGGCAAAAAAGGUUAUGGAUUCAAAGGUUGCACUUUUCAUCGUGUUAUACCAAAUUUCAUGUGUCAAGGUGGAGAUUUUACAAAGAACGAUGGUACUGGGGGCAAAUCAAUCUAUGGCACUACAUUCAAGGAUGAGAAUUUUAAACUUAAACACACUGGCCCCGGCAUCCUAUCCAUGGCCAAUGCAGGUCCAAAUACCAAUGGUUCACAGUUUUUCAUUUGUACGGUAAAAACGCCUUGGCUAGAUGGACAACAUGUAGUCUUUGGUCAAGUUAUUCAAGGCAUGGAUGUUGUUAAGAAAAUCGAAUCAUAUGGUUGUCCCGAAGGACGUCCAAUGAAGCAAAUUCUGCGCGCUGACGUGGUGCCUAAAACAGCUGAAAAUUUUAGAGCUCUUUGUACGGGUGAAAAGGGUUACGGUUACAAGGGAUCAACAUUUCAUCGUGUAAUACCUAAUUUUAUGUGUCAGGGCGGAGACUUUACUGCUCACAAUGGCACUGGCGGAAAAUCGAUUUAUGGCAACAAAUUUGAUGAUGAGAAUUUCAUUUUGAAACACACUGAACCGGGUAUUUUGUCUAUGGCCAAUGCAGGAUCCAAUACAAAUGGCUCUCAAUUUUUUGUCACCACCGUCAAAACUUCAUGGUUGGAUAAUCGUCACGUUGUAUUUGGCAAAGUUGUCGAAGGCAUGGAUAUUGUAAAGAAAAUUGAUGCUAUGGGUAGUCAAUCGGGUAAAACUAGUAAAACAAUUGUUAUCAAUGAUUCCGGACAACUACAACAUUAAAGAGAAUUGACAAAUAAAACAUAACAA